AACACUCACUGAAAUCAACGGGAAUCCUUCUAUUGACAUCAGUGGGAGUUGGACCACACCCCUGUGAAGAGAGAGUAGAUAUUUUUAGGAAACUGGCUGAAUAAUGGUGACCCCAGAUUAUGAUGCUGAGCUAAAGUAGAGGACUCUGAUUAAACCAGAAUUGAAGCUAAAAUCAGACCCAAUGGAAGAGAGCCUUGUACACCCUAAUAGAUUAAUACCUUUUAGAGGCUCCAUAGCCAGAAAUUCAAGUACUAAAGAUUUUUACUAAGCAUACAUAGCACCUAAUUUUUUGGAACAAUAUCAGUUUCCUAAAGCAAAUCAUCCUGGGCCCUAUUAGAAUAAUAUUAAUUGUAGGGUAUAGUGUUGCAACGUCAGUGAACAGGUUGGAUUAUUGUAAUCUAGUGCCCUGGAAUCUCCCUGAACAAGGCACUCAGGACAUGUACCAAAACCAGGAAACGAGGAGACGAUUGUAUGGGCAGUGGAUGGAAGAAAAAGAAAAAAAAAACGAGCAAAGGGAAUGUGAUGGUUGCUCUGAACAAGAGUCACAACCACCUGCUUUCAUUGGAAUAGGACACCACGACCAAGGAAUGCAACAGCUAAAUUUGGAAGGAAAGAACUAUUGCACGUCCAAAACAUUGGACAUCUCUGACUCAGACAAGAGAAAGCACUUCAUGUUAUCAGUAAAAAUGUUCUCUGGCAAUAGUGACAUUGGUGUGUUCCUCAGUGAAUGGAUCAAAGUAAUCUCCAAACCUUCUAAAACGAAACAAUCACUGAAAAAUGUAGACUUAUGUAUUGCAUCAGGGACAAAAGUGGCACUAUUUAAUAGACUUCAAUCCCGAACAGGUAGCAUCAGAUACUUGCACAUAGAGGGAGAGGAAUUUGCAGGGAGAGAUGGCUCCAUUCAUUACGGACAGACUGUCAAACUUGAGCAUUCAGAUACUGGCAUGGCAUUCUCAAGACUGAUUAUUUGAAAAAUGGAUAAAGAGACAGCGUUACUGGAGGCAGAUGAUCCAGCAUCGCAGCUCCAUAAAUAUGUAUUCUACCUUAAAGAUACAGCAAGAAUGUACUUGUGCCUUUCCCAGGAGAAAUAAUCCAAUUUCAUGGCAAUGUUGGCAAUGGGGAUCAAACCUGGGACCUCUGGAGCUAAAUGGCACAUCUCUCUUAGCCAAGGCUGUAGCAGGCUAAUCAAUUUCUAGGGGAUGUGCCACUCCAAGCAAGCAGGAUAAAAACCUAUAAAAAUCAAGUUGAUAUAUCUACCUUAUCAGACAUUAUGUACCGUUUCUUGCAAGCAUCAUCCUUACGGAACUCCCCGUGAAGUCCAUGGGAGUUCUGAGUGGCAGACAGAUUACAGACUUAGGUCCAAAAAAGGAGGUUUGGGAAAAUUUCCCUGGAAUAUUUCUGCUACAAAUGGAACAUGCACACACCAAACGGCAGGAUAGCCUCAGCCUCCAAAUGUGC